AUGGCCACUGCGGCCCUCAUUCUCAACGCCCUCACAGUCGUGCUGGGUUCCUUCCAGUACGGCCAUCACAUUGGCGAACUCAACUCACCCCAAAAGGUCAUCACCACUUGCCCCGAGCCCUCCGAGCCGCCCAGCGCUCUCUCCUCUGCUGGUUUUGAAGCAGUACUCCCUGUCCUUGAGAAGGACGGCUCGCUCCCGACAUGUAUCCCAAUGACCAAUGUAGAAUGGUCUGUCCUAGUCGCGACUUUGACUCUAGGAGGACUUAUUGGGUCGUUGUUUGUAGGGUCGCGACUCGCGAACCAGUUGGGACGCCGUGGAGCGUUGAUGGUCAAUAAUGUGCCGCUUGUGUUGGGUUCAUUGGCGAUGGGUAUGGCGUCGUCGUAUGGGGCUAUGAUUCUGGGCAGGUUCUUGAUUGGUAUUGGAUGUGGCGCCGUGACGGUCAUUGUCCCCAUGUACCUGGCUGAGAUCUCGCCCGCUGAGCUUCGCGGUACCCUAGGUGUGAUGAACCAGCUGGGAAUUGUGGUGGGUAUUCUGUUCUCGCAGGUGCUGGGAUUGUACUACUCGACAGAGACACAAUGGCGCACCAUCUUGCUGGCAGGAGCAGGACUUGCGGUCGUUCAGGUCUUUGCCCUCCCCUUCUGCCAAGAAUCCCCUCGCUACCUAGCUCUUCAAUCCGGUGGCGCUGCCAAGGCCAAGCGAUCCCUCCAGAUCUUGCGUGGCCGUCAGGAUGUGGCCAAGGAGAUUCGUGAUUGGACCCGACAGGACGAGCGUGCUAUUGUCGCCGAGGAGGAAGGUUCCUUGGGUGCUAACCCACUGCUGAGCGACGCCAGCGACCCUCUGUUGGUUGACGGUGCUGGAAUCUCUGGAGAUGACAGUACCAUCAGCGCGACACAUGGUUCAGGAGGUCUCUCGGUGGCCGAGUUUGUGACCAUGCCCCGCUACCGCCGUCCUCUUAUCGUCCUCACGCUUGUGCAGCUUUCGCAGCAGCUGUCGGGUAUCAACGGCGUCAUCUUUUACUCGACGGCAAUCAUGUCGCAAAUCCUGCCUUCGUCGGGCGCGAUGAUCACAGUCUACAUCUCGAUUGUGAACGUGAUCAUGACCCUAAUUGCGGCGUAUGUGAUGGACAAGGCCGGACGACGCACGUUGUUGAUGGGGUCCGCGGUAGCGAUGGGUUGCAGUUCAUUCCUGUUGGCCUGGUCACUCAACUAUGAGAUUCCCAAACUGUCGGCGUUUUCCAUCAUCGCCUUUGUGGCGACGUACGCGAUUGGUCUAGGCCCAAUCCCGUUCCUGAUUAUACCCGAGGUGGUCGAUACGGUGGCGGUGGCGAGUGCGUCGGCCUAUGCAUUGUCGGUCAACUGGACUACCAACUUUAUUGUCUCGGUCAUGUUCCUCAAGCUGCAGGAAUGGUGGGGCGGUAAUGUCUUUUACGUGUUCUUUGUUAUCCUCGGCCUGCUCACCGUCGCGAUCAACAGGAUUAUCCCAGAGACGCGCGGCAAGACUGUUGAGGAGGUCGCUAGAUCCUGGCAACCCUCCCAUCGCCACUAA